AUGGCAGACCAAGAGAACGUCCCUACACCGGGGACAAGCGACAGGAAAAGAAAGCCAGACGGCUACCAACUCGACGCUUCUCCAAAGCGACUGAGACAGGAUAUAUCGUCCGGGAGCCCCAGAAGCCCACUUGCGACGCAAAGCCAGUCUCGAAGCAAUGCCAACCACCAGCACAACCACGUCGAGUUCCCGGCAACCCCAGAGUCAACUCCAGAACAGACAAGAAAGACCCCACAGUCUGCAGAAUUAGCACCAUUUAAAUCGAUGCAAGAUCUGCGGGAUACCGGCCUAUACGUUCAGGAGCCCGAUCCAUCUGCACCAAACAGCAAAUACAUCGCAGUCGCGUUCGGGAGAAUACCUGGUAUCUACAGAACCCGUCGUACUGCAUCCCAUCAGUACAACAUAAGAGACGGUUUACAUGCCAGCUUCUCCACGGAGGAUGAGGCAUUGGAUUUCAUGAACACCUACAGAUCCAAGGUCGAAGAAUCGCUCCAGCGACACAACGAGGACAAGCAAAAAAUCAAGAAAGACAGAACAGAAGCUGAGGCGCAAAUGGCUAAGCGUACGCCUUCGUCUUCUCUAUCGCAUACGUUCUCUCUCCCAACUCCGCCUUCAACUCAGGGGUCUGCGUACUACGACUCAUCACCUGGCAACAAUUCUGUGUCCGGACCCGGCGUCCAAUUGAGCGACGAACAAAAACGUGUAGUGAAGAUGAUUGUGGACGGAGAAAAUGUGUUCUUCACUGGGUCUGCAGGAUGUGGAAAAUCUACCGUCCUGAAGUACUUUGUCCCACUCUUGAAAGCCCAAGGGAAGGUAGUGCAGACUAUAGCUCCGACGAAUCUUGCUGCACUUGCCGUUGGUGGGCGGACGCUUCAAAGCUAUGCCGGAUGGAGGCCCGUGAAUUUGAGCUUCACACUAGACAAGCUGAAAGCCGAUGCUCACGGAACCCAGCAAUGGAAAAAAUUCGUCGAGAUUGAUGUGCUUGUCAUCGACGAAAUAAGCAUGGUUCCGAACCAUGAAUUGGAGCGAUUGAACGAGGUUAUGAAGGAGGCCCGAUCAGCAUUAGAUCCGGCUAAUCGAAAUCGAGCGUUUGGCGGUGUCCAGAUCGUUGUUACGGGAGACGUGAGUCAACUCUAA